AUGGUGCUGACUCCGAGGCCGUGGCGUGUGCUGGCAGCCAUUGCCCUCUGUGCCCUGCUGUGCCUGGGGACGCUGGCAGCUGCCUACCCCCCCAAGCCUGAGAGCCCCGGGGAUGACGCCUCCCCCGAGGAGAUGGCCAAGUACUUCUCGGCACUCCGCCACUACAUCAACCUGGUGACGCGGCAGAGGUACGGCAAACGCGCCAGCCCCGGGGAGGUGGUGUCGGAGCUGCUUCUCGGGGCCAGCAGUGACAGGUCACGGUAUGACGAUGACUCUACGUGGUGA